UAUUCCCGACCAUUGCAUACCUAGGUAAGAUUGGUCGCUUGCUUCUUGACAAAGGUUGCCUGCUACAUUUGUGUUGGAGUCCGGUGCAGUGGUGCAAUCCACCUUUUGGCUCUUAGUCAACCCUAUUUGGCAAAGUCUGCCAAGUUGCCACUAUGAGAUCACCUCUCAACUCUCCGGCGAAAACUCUCCGGCAACAACUCCACACGACCCGACGCACUCCUCAUAAACCUUUGAAAUAGGAACAACUACCUCACGAGUUGCCUUGAUCUCUUCAUCAAUCACUUCCUAUUAUCUCGUUUAGAAGUUUGUAGCUGGAAUUUAUCUCAACAUGUCCACUCGCCCAGCUAUCGUGCAGCGCAACAACGCGCUUGUGAGAGAAUCCCUUCCAAUGCCAAAACUUGAAGAGAGGCAAGUCCUAGUGAAAGUUUUCAAUUCGUCUUUGAAUCCUACUGAUGUUCAAUCUUUUGAUGGAGACGCUUUUGGAGAUGGGGCGGUCUUGGGAUGUGAUUUCGCUGGAGUUGUGGAAGAAGUUGGUCCUUCCGUCACGCAAUUGAAGGUUGGAGAUAAGAUCGCAGCCUUGAUUUGGGGAGGCGAAAUUGAAGGACUUGGUGCGUACUCUACGUAUUGCGUAGCAGAUGAACGCAUCGCCUUCAAGAUUCCUUCCGGGCUAGAUUAUGCAACAGCCAAUUCUGGAACAUCCCUCUUGGUCUGGGGCGGUAGUUCAACUGUUGGUGCUUACACCAUCCAAAUAGCAGCAAUGCACGGCUUCAACAUCGUCACAACUUGCAGCACCCGUAACUUCGACGUUGUAAAGAAGCAUGGAGCGAAGCAUGUAUUCGACUACAAUGAUCCAGAUGUGGUAGCAAAGAUCGCGGAAGCUGCCCCAGAUCUUGCAUACGCCUUCGACUGUAUUGGAAAUUCAAUUUCCUCGGUCAUGUCAGCAAGAGCCAUGGGCGAUAAGAAGGGUGGCGUGAUUUGCACAGUGCGUCCUGGGAAAGCGUUCACUGAGGACGUUCCGUCCAACGUUACGGUCACGGAUGUGCUGGUUUUUACGGCCUUUUUGAAACCUCAUACUUAUAAGAAAAUUUAUCACUGGCCGACUCAUCAAGAGGAUCACGAGCUAUCUCGGGAAAUGUAUUCCAAGAUUAGAGGUUGGAUUCAGGAAGGCAAACUGACUCCUCAGAAGCCACGAGAUAUGGGAACGUUGAGUGUUGAGACUCUUCAACGUGGUAUGGAUUUGAACCGCAAAGGAGAGGUGUCAAAUGAGAAACUUUGCUUCCAAGUGAGCAGCAUGUAAAUAGCCUGCCAGCAAUAACCUGGCUUUAAUUACUUCACGAUAGAAAGCAAAGGCCUGUG